GUGAGCACUAACUUUGAAACAAAAAAAUAGGAUGAAAAAAAUUCCGAGGAAGGGAGUAUGAUUUAACCUCUCUCUCGGUGUGAAUUGAAAGAGAUUUCGAAGACCGAUGAGCGUGGCUGGGUUAGUUGGGUUGGGCGGUGAUUCGGUUCGUUCCCACUCAAAUUCAAACUGUCACUAUCGGAGAAACAGUAAAAAUGGCAUGCCGAUUAGAAGAAAACUACUAGUUUAUUCUCCGUUCUCACUCGUCGCCGGAUCAGGAUCAGCAACAAAACCUAUUUGUUCAAUGAAUAAAUAAAACGAAAUAGAAUACAAUUCCACUCUCUGCAUUUCUCAACAGCAGAAAACGAGAGAAGGGAAAAAGACAAAGUGCCUCUCAGAAAGUCAGAAGCUACUAACUCCACAGCUCUUACUCACCUUAUUUCUUUCAUAAACGCGGUAUAGCUUAUAAUUAUGUGAUUUGGAAGAUAGCAGCGGAUUAUUUGCAGGCAGAUAUGGGGUGUAGCUGUUUUAGUGCAAAAGGGCAUGCUAAUGGGGCUCAUCAUGCCGCAGAUGGGGAUUCACUCCGUGACAUCAACCAUUUCUCUUAUAAUGAGUUAAGAUCAGCAACAGAUAACUUUCAUUCAGCCAAUAAGAUUGGAAGAGGAGGCUUUGGAACCGUUUACAAGGGAACCCUCAAAAGUGGAAGACAAGUGGCUGUAAAGACACUUUCAGCUCAAUCAAAGCAAGGAGUGCGUGAAUUUUUGAAUGAGAUUACUAUCAUAUCAAAAGUUAGGCAUCCUAACCUUGUUGAGUUGAUAGGAUGCUGUGCUCAAGGAACUAACCGAAUUUUAGUAUAUGAAUAUGUAGAAAAUAACAGCCUUGAUCGUGCAUUGCUAGGUCCAAAGGAUACAAAUAUUAAACUGGACUGGGGAAAAAGAUCUGUGAUUUGCUUGGGUAUUGCUCAGGGCCUCGCCUUCCUUCAUGAAGAACUUGCUCCGCAUAUUGUGCAUAGAGACAUCAAAGCUAGUAAUAUACUUCUUGACAAAAAGUUUAACCCAAAAAUAGGAGACUUUGGGUUGGCUAAACUCUUUCCAGAUAACAUCACUCAUAUUAGCACGAGAAUAGCAGGAACAACUGGUUAUUUGGCACCAGAGUAUGCAUUGGGUGGUCAGUUAACCAUGAAAGCUGAUGUGUACAGUUUUGGGGUUCUUAUCUUUGAAAUAAUUAGUGGCAAAAGCAGUGCAAAGGCCAGCUGGGGAGGAAUGCAAAAGCUUCUACUAGAAUGGGCAUGGCAGCUUCAUGAAGAAGGGAAACUCUUAGAACUGGUGGAUCCGGAGAUGGAAGAUUUUCCAGAAGAAGAAGUCAUUAGAUACAUGAAAGUAGCCUUUUUCUGCACCCAGGCAGCAGCAAGCAGGAGGCCACUAAUGAGUCAGGUUGUUGACAUGCUUUCAAGGAACAUCCGCCUUAAUGAGAAGCUACUUUCAGCACCAGGUUUCUUCCAGGAUUCAGGUGGAAUCAGUGGGCCAACAUCUUCAACUAAAAAGUCGUCUGCUGACUCUAUUAGCAACCAGAUGAGCUCUGUUCCUGUGACAAUCACUGAGGUAACCCCUAGAUGAAGAACAGUUUUUAAUUGCUGUCGAUACUCAGAGUUAAAGAAUUAGUUACUAGGCACAUUCAUGGAUUACAUAUUCUUUUUUUAUUUAGGUAAAGUGAGCAGAGUUAUACACAAUUGAAGUGGCGAAUUUGUAUUGUUGUUGAAGGUGAUGUGUGGCAAUUAUUUGUAUGUUUAUUGAAAUCGUUUUUUCUCGUAA